GAAAUGUGAUGACUUUUUGAUUCCAGUUUGGUUCAUUAUAAGCGUACACAUUUAUGAAAGUAUGGGUCAGGACYGGUAAUUGGUUAAUGUGCAAGAGGUGAAUUGCACUCUGGACAGGUUUUCCGUCAUUUAUUCUUUCAUACAGAGUGCCAAGCUUUUGGGAAAAUGGUUGUAUAAAAUCUGACAUUCUUUUUUGACUCUUGAAAUUUACCCCUAAUGAUUAAUUCUUAUUGGUGAAACCUUUGAACCUGCACAAGAUUAUCCAAAGGCUAUUAAAAGAAGAUGAUAUUCUGUUUGAAUCUUCUUCUGCUGCAUCUAACAUGUUGGAUUACUGUAUUUAGGAAUAUGCAUGCUAACUGAUAUAGCCGAAGAGAGGAUGGCUGAAACUAGUUGUUGAUCCCUGAGAAGCAAUAACCUGCUUCGACCACUGCAGGGCAGAGGAGAGCGAUUCCUGUGCAGAAGCAAAGUCUUGAACUUUUAGGACAAAGGGGAAGAGUAACUUGAAGUGAACGCCAGAAUAAAGUUUAAUUUUUCCCAUUUAAAAAUGAUCCUCAAAUGAUAGAGUUUAAAGUUAAGCUGAUUAAAACAUGCAUAAGUUGCAUUUUCAAGACAUGAUGCUUUGUUUCUCAAGGUGAGAAAUAAAAUAAAAUAAAAAAACUUUCAGGGAAAACAGCCAGUACUUUUUUUCCACUGAUUCCACACUUUUCACAAUAAUCUGCAUGCCAUUUAAAGGGUUAAAUGUGUUGUGUAAUUCCAUUUGGCUUUGGCAGGGCUCAAAGCGCCAACAAGAAGCCCUGCCUCAGCAGUUUAGCCUGCCCAAUAAAGCAGCAGGCUUCAUACCACUGGGACAGUCCGACAACCACAGCCAGAGACAAGCCCAUGCCACUCUGUCCAAGCAGCGAGACAGGGAGACAUCUCACCACAAACACAUCCAUAUGUGCCUGAACAGAAACAAACACAAGCCGCACACCUAAAACACACAAACUGUGAUUUUUACUGGAACAUGCGAGAUGAGCUGACCAUGGGAUGUGACCGUCACCUCAAAGUUCUGGGGUGCUGGGCCCCGAUCCAACACCCACUCUCAGGAACACAGGAAAUGACAUUUCCUACCUUUUUUUUUUUUUUUUUUUUUUGCAGGACACAGAGGGAAAAACAGAGAGAGGCUAACGGAGACAGUUGGAGAGAAGAGUGAGGGAGAGAGUGGGAGUUUCUAAGUGGGAACAGAGCCGUUACUGUUUCAUAUUACAGAGAAAAGAGGAGAAGAGUUAAUGGUGGGUAAGGGCUCUGGUGGGCUGUGCAGUCAGGCUCUGUUUUGAAUGUGGCUGCUGGUAUCAGUGCUGUGCAGUUGUCUGGGUUUAUGGAGCCGCUGACUGUGGAAAAUGUACUUUUCUAUUGUGAUCCUUGUCCUGACUGAAGUUCUGGUCAGAGAAGUAUGUCACACCCUGAAUGUGACCAUCACACCUGGGCCUGUUGUCGUUGUAACAGAAAGAGACAACCUGACCUUAUCCUGUCUGGUGUCUCAGAGGAAGAGGAGCAACAGCGUCCUCAUCCUUCGCUGGUUCUUCUCCCCUCUCACGUCUCCAACUCUCGCGCCUUCAUCCUCCGCUCCGCCGCCCUCCCCCGCAGCACCCGGUCAGUUUCUGAUCGUCAGGAUGGGGAUAAAGAGGAUGAAGCUGUAUGGGAACUACACCCGGGGUUUCCCGCAGCCCAAGUUCCGACUGUUUGACGACGCGGAGGGAGAGGCGUAYCGGCUGCUCAUCCUCGGUGUGACGGGGAUGGAUCAGGGCUUCUACAGCUGUAGGGUGCAGGAGAUACGAAAACACAAGAACACAUGGAGAGCCUCCUCCAACGGUACCAGCACCACACAGCUUACAGUGCAUUUUAUUUCCGAGGAUGGUAACGUCAAAUGUCCAGAAAGCAGCUCAGGAGAGACUGUAACCAGCUCCAGCAGUUGCUCCAGUUCCCCCCCAAGGACACAAAGGAAAGACACAAGACAGAAAGCUGACAGGGGACGWAUAGAGACACCACCAAAACCACCUAAAGAGCCACUGCCUCACAUACCAACCAAAGUGCCCAUCGCUGCAAAGAGACCUCAGAAGCCCAGAAGGUUGAAGACUCAGCAAAGGAGAUCUGCCACACCUCGAGUAUUAAAAGAAGAAAGCCUGACGUAUGCAGAGCUGGAGUUGGUCCGACCGCGGCAGCAGCCACCAGCCUGCUCCAGCCCCGACGCCACUCCCUCCAUCCCAGACACUGUGUAUGCUCAGAUCCUCUUCCAGGAAGAAAAGCUAUAGAUUUGAGAGCUUGGUACCUCCUGGUGAAGGCAAAAGUCCAGUUCUCAWAACUAAACUAAACAGCAUUCAAAUGAGCAUAUAUUUAUGAACUAUGAGUAUGACAUUCUCUUUUCUUUUUUUCUUUUUGUGAUGGAUGUGGAAAGUAAGGGC